AAGGACUUUGGGCGGAAUCAGGCAUUAGCAAUCGAGAGCCGGGAGUUAAAAAAAACUCACCAAAAAAAAAAAAAACAGAGGAAGGCAGCAAACUUUUGAAAAGCUCUUUGUCGACGUUAAUAAUCCUACAUUUUUAUGUUUUUAGUAUAGUGCUAACUGGGGCGACAAUCAUGUGAAGAACUAGUAAAUAGAAAACAGAUGGAUGUGUCCGUGUUGGAGAGAGGAGUCCGUGUAAAACAUGCGCAUUAGCCCUGGACCUCAGGAACCCGGGGUGUGAGGAUAUCACCAUGGCGACGCAGUUCAGCAUUGAUGACGCCUUUAUGCUGGAGGGCGACGAGGAGGGAGCUGUGUCUGAUGGAGAAAUGCAGGCUUGGAAAGGCAGGGAGAAGGACAGAGAAGCUGGAGACAUGACGUUUGGUCCUCUGUCCUUUUCUAAACCACAGAACACCCCCUCACCUGCCAGUACUGGGCCCCCAGAGCACACCAACCUGAAGUACCAGAAUCUGGAAAAUGAAGAAACAUUAGGCAGUAAUGGAAAUUCCACUUUCAAUAACUUCUUUAAAAUUAGUGAUCCUUCGACCCUGUCCUACUGCAGCUCUCAGUGGUCUUUCAGCACUUUGAGUUCUGUUACACAGCUCUCUGCACACUGUUGCGGGUGGGUCUCUCACCCGCUGAUCAAAACCAAUAGAAAAGUUGUACUCGCCUCAUUUCUUCUCCUCAUUACUGGAGUUGCACUCAUCUUCACUGGUGUUGUCAUACAACUGAACCCAAAAGCAGGUGUUUCAAGUGCCAUUUUCUUUGUUCCUGGGUUUCUCCUUUUUAUUCCUGGAGUGUACCAUGUCAUUUACAUAAGCUGUGCUGUGCGGGGACGAAGAGGCUUCAAGUUGUUCUACCUGCCUUAUUUUGAGAAGUGAUAUCUUUUGAUUUGAUCUUAAUAGCCAUUUUACCAUGUAUUUUAUGUGUGGCACUGGUAACAACCACUACAAAUUCAACCACUUAGUGCAUUUUAUGAUGUUUCCAACAUGAGUUCUCUACGUGUCUUUUUUUACUUAUUUUCUUUUGUGUAACUGUGAAAUUACAAUAAAUUGUGUCUAUAAUAUCAGUG